CCAUCGGUCCGCAGGCCCAGGCUGCUCGGCCCCAGCGGCCCAGCAGAAUCGCGCAGCGGAGAACCAGCGCAGGAGGGUAUCCAGAAGCCAUGGCUGUGGGGAACAUCAACGAGCUGCCCGAGAACAUCCUGCUAGAGCUUUUCAUACACGUGCCCGCCCGCCAGCUGCUGCUGCGCUGCCGCCUGGUCUGCAGCCUCUGGCGAGACCUCAUUGACCUCGUGACCCUCUGGAAGCGCAAGUGCCUGCGUGAGGGCUUCAUCACUGAGGACUGGGACCAGCCCGUGGCCGACUGGAAGAUCUUCUACUUCCUACGCAGCCUGCACAGGAACCUCCUGCACAACCCAUGUGCUGAAGAGGGGUUCGAGUUCUGGAGCCUGGAUGUGAAUGGAGGCGAUGAGUGGAAGGUGGAGGAUCUCUCUAAAGACCAGAGGAAGGAAUUCCCCAAUGACCAGCACCUGCCUCAAGUCCCAGGUGGUGGACCUCAAGGCCGAAGGGUAUUGGGAGGAGCUGAUGGACACCACACGGCCGGACAUCGAGGUCAAGGACUGGCCCUGAAGGGCCCUCCCUCUGUCCGCAGGUUCGCAGCCAGGCCAGACUGCGGGUCCAAGUACCAGCUGUGCGUUCAGCUCCUGUCGUCCGCCCACGCACCUCUGGGGACCUUCCAACCAGACCCAGUGAUGAUCCAGCAGAAGAGCGAUGCCAAGUGGAGAGAGGUCUCCCACACCUUCUCCAACUAUCCACCCGGCGUCCGCUACAUCUGGUUUCAGCACGGCGGCGUGGACACUCACUACUGGGCCGGCUGGUACGGCCCGAGGGUCACCAACAGCAGCAUCACCAUCGGGCCCCCGCUGCCCUGACGCCCCCUGAGCCCCCAUCCGCUGAACCCUGACUGGUAAACUAUUGUCAAAGAAGGGCCGGGCCUGGGAAGGGGAGGUGGGGCCAGGAGUCCCCAGGCCUCUUAGUUCACCUUACCCCCAGUUGCCUCUUCUUUCCGGAGCCUCUCUGUGUUCUUCGGGGGCUCAGAGCGAGGACAGGAAGGCCAGUCGGCAAGCUUGUUGCUGCCAUGGAUAAUAGAAGCUGAGAGGUUACAGUGCAGUGCAGACAGAUCUGGGAAGUAGGAGGAAGUCCCAUCCCCAUCCCGUCUGCUGCUCCUAAACUCUCGCUCUGCCUGCCUGCCUGCCUGCUCAGAAGAGGCGGCUGCAGCCUGGAGGCUCUGACCUGGUCGAACACGGGCAGGCCCAGGGUGGGGUGGGGACCAGGCCAGAGUGGAUUGCCCUCUUGAUGAAGCCCCAGAAGCCAGAUGGGUACUGGGUAGAGGCAGAACUCCCCAGAGGACCCAGCUGACCCUAUGCAGGGUGACCCAGAGCAGGCAGGAGGCAGGACAGUCCCUGAUUCUGAGAGCUGGGACGUGUGAGCCCUGGAUGAGUGGGGUAGGGGUUGUCUACCUCCAAGCCCAGGCCAAGCUCCUUGAGGCUUGCUGAGUAUUAUAGGCCCCACCCCUCCCAGCACCACCCCUGCCCUCAGCUCCUACCUCUCCCUCCUGCUGGGAGCACAGUGCUCUUUGACCUUGCCCUGCUGCAUGCGGCCAAAUAAAAGGUGUUCCCAGC